CGCGUGAUAUUAGUAAUUCAAAAAUGAGUAUCGUUAACGAAUAAACGAUUCUGUGAUAAUGUGCCGAUUACUUUAUAGUGUUUUAGUUGUCUUAACUUAUACAAAUUACUUGCCAGUAAUUAGUCAGUAUGUGGACUCCCCGUGCCCAGGGACUUUUGAGUAUCAAAGUGACGGAGAUGGAGUGUACGGAGUGAUACACCUGCAGCCUCAUGGACCUGUGUCUACCAUACGUGUUGUAGUUAAUUUUACGAUAGCAGCUAGACUUAUUUCGAAUUAUCCAGGCCGCCUACAGCCAAUUAAAAGCCCAGGGACACAAUUCAGUCAAGAUUCCCCCAUAUACUACCGAGUAGAUUUCCCCGUCACCAGACCAUUGCCGAAGCUGACCUACCUCGUCGUCAACGGCGAUGUGUUAUGCUACGGUCGUGGAGAUGUGGCCCGGCCUGAUUUAUACGUGAGCACAAUCAGUCUACAGCACAAGCUGAAUCUACGAGGGGGAGGGAAUCCGGGCGCUAUACAACUUAUCUCAUCAUCACCGGACGCAGACGUCUUCUCAAUUAACGUGGAUGGUGAUCGUACCGGCACUUGGAAUGACGGAAACCAACGUCCACACAAGCAGCCGCAGACUCAACGGCCAGCUCCGCCCCCACCACCAGGAGAUGAGUAUUAUCUAUUAGAGUUACCACUCGACACCAUCACAACUACUAGAAGACCGACAACUCCACCCCCACCACCAGAAGAUGAGUACUAUCUAUUGGAAUUACCACUCCACACCACAACUACUAGAAAACCUACGUCAACAACUCUUCCGCCACCACCACCAGACGGGGACUUAUUAGAAUUACCACACCACACCACAACUACUAGAAGACCGACAUUGACAACCCCUCCUCAAACUAUUUAUCCACCAACGCCUUCGCGAACCCCCUCCUUCAGCUCUGAGUGCGGCGUGGUCGCGGGAGGCAACGAGCACGUGCCCCUCGUCUUCCACGGCACUGGCUACACGCGAGGGGACUGGCCGUGGCUGGUCGCCAUGUAUAAGCGAACGGAAGGCAGCCUCACGUUCGCCUGCUCUGGGACGCUGGUGUCCGAUCGACAUGUUGUGUCUGCUGCCCAUUGCGUGCAGCAAAGAAGUACGCUGACCUCAAUCAAGGAUAUCGUAGUCAAAGUCGGCGUGCAUAACUUGGAGGACUGGGGUGACGAUAUCAUCGUCACCAGGACUUUGGAAUCUGCCACCAUCCAUGAAGAGUUCAAUUCUACGACGUAUUCAAAUGAUAUUCUAGUGCUCACUUUUGAUAAAAGCGUGGAGUUCAACAACAACAUCAGGCCGGCGUGUCUCUGGAAUGGGAACAACGAUCUCAACAGAAUAGUGGGAUCUUCAGGAGUGGUAGCUGGUUGGGGGGCCAGCGAACUAGGUCCAGGCAGCAAAGGUGAACCCCGCAUGGUGCGGAUACCCGUCGUCACCACCAGCAUGUGUCGGGCCAGCAGGCCUGACUUCCACGUUUUCACGAGCGACCGCACGUUCUGCGGAGGUGAUCGUAAUGGCGCUGGUCCUUGUUUAGGGGACUCCGGCGGAGGGUUGUAUAUUCUGGACGGAGGUCGCUGGCGCCUCCGCGGCGUGGUCUCACUGUCGCUUCGACCAGAAAACGGGGAAUCUACAUGCAACCUGAACGAAUACAUUAUUUUCACUGAUGCAGCGAAGUUUAUAGAUUGGAUUAAAAAUAUCAUAAGUAAUAAAUUUUGAUAGUGAUAU